AUGUUUACUACCAUUCGGAAGAAGUAUCACGAAUGUCAGUCCACCCGGGAACUGGGACAAUCGCUCAAACGCGGCAUUACUGAAAUCAAGUCUCGGUUUGAUCAGUUUUAUCAAGCCGCGGGCCAGGAAUACGAGGAAGGUGACCCGAUUGCUCGUGAGCGGACAAAGGAUAUCACCAUCGCAUUAGAGCGGGGGCUACUGAGAUACCUACGGGGGGCACAGGAGCACGGGACAACGUUGGAUCUGACAGCGUUAUAUAAAGAGUCCGAGCAGGGCCGCAUUCACACUCACGCCAUUCUGGAAGAUCUGUACCACCGUCUCUCGAGGCCUAUUCUGCCGUCUUUCUCAAUGUCCAUCAAUCCAACCGAACCGAACCAUUCUGGGAUGGAAGCAGCAAAUGAUGUAUUGUUCCAAGGUGUUGAUAUGGCACAGGAGAAAUCCUCACCUUCCGGUAGAAUUGAACAACAGGACCCCAUCAUGCACCAACCAAGCCGACUCCCUCUUCCUCAGAGCCCCAACUCUUCGGCUGCACUCUUAAAUACAACAAAUAUCACAACCCCAGAGUAUCAAGAAGACUCGAUAGAUGUAGGUAUACCAGACAUAAAGAAUAUGGACCACAUCUUGGAUGCAACUCGGUAUUUCAGUGAAUUGGACCAGCUCGAGCUUCAAACUGCACAGAUGAUGGGCAUGGAAAACGGGCCCUACACCAAGCUUGAAUCGCUGCAUGACUGUAUCGAGUGUCUUAGUAAUUGGCAAGCUGCGCUUAGAUAUCUACAGUCUCAGGGAUUUUGUGGACCCUCCAUCAGCAUUUUGAUCGAAGACCAAGACCGGGAUGGUGUUGCCAGUGCCGUCAAUAUAUCAUUGAGCCAGGUUAGCGCAUUGUCCCAGACUAUUUCGCUUCCGUCCAAUGAAGAUGCAUCGAAACGUUUGAUAGAGAACUGGAUCCAAACGUUGCUCAAGGUCGAGGAGAAGUCCCUCUUGGAUCUUGAUUUAGAGCAGAUUCUUAGGUUCCUGUGUGAGAUUCUAGCAAUUGGGAUCAUAUCAUUCUCUGGCUCACACGGUAUUCUUUUUAAGCCACAAAAGCUGGCUUGCUUGGACGACUUUGUCGGUGGUCCUGCAUGGAUUCUAGGGAAAGGCUCCGUUCCAUCUCAGGGAAUGAAGAUAUCAUUUACCGUCCAAGAUUUGCAAGAAUUAUGGGGGCCCAUCUCGCUGGUCCGAGCUACUGCAAAUUCAGCGCCAAUCAUUCAAACUGAGAGAGGUUUCAUUGUCCCAUUUCCACGAGAGCGGCAAUCUUCCUUGUCCAUAUCUUCAUCGUAUGAUGAGGUUGAAUGCCACUGGAUGACAGAGAUCCCAGAAUUUCUCUCUAAUAAGAGUUGUGAAGUGCCAAUUCUAAUUGGCAACACAUUGAGGAUGUUGAUCGGCACCAUGACUGACGUUGGGGCUGGGCUUGUUGUCAACGAGAAGUGCAAGUCUUCUAUUUCGAUUAUUGGACAACAAAUUGCCUCUCGGCUCCAGUAUCCCGGAACAAGCAAAUCACAAUACGUGAGCGAUGGGUACGAUAUCCAGCUCGUCGGUGGACAAUACGUCACAGCCGGACCCAUGAAGAAGUAUAAGCGGAUCCCGAAGCGCACACUUAAGGCAAUGCUCAUUGCGAACUGUACAAAGCCUGACACAAGGCUCGUGCCACUUCUAAACCUCCGCGUUGGGUUGGAAGUUAGUGCAUGCACCGGAAAUGCCCAGCGAGUGACACUCUGGGACGCUCUCCGCUUCUCUCAAACGAGCACCCACUCCACAGAUUCCCCAAUCUAUUGCGCCCACAACGUUGGCGACAAGAAUUGCAUCAUUUCAUGCUGGAGCCGAUGGCAGUCAGUGGACGAGAUAGACUCACUGGGCCAUUUUCCUGGGCAAAUCAAACUUCUCACUGGUCUCGAAGCUCGCCGCGUGAUUAUAAACUCAAUUCUUGCGCUGGAGCACUCGGGUGUUGACGGCGAAGGAAAUCUUCAAGUCUCCUGGCCCUUCUACGAUAGUCCUCUCAAUUGUCCCGUAUUGCCAUCCACGCGGAAAGAGUCGCAUAACUGGUUUCGGGUCAUCAAGGAUACGCGAGACAGCUCGAGCUUUGCGGUCUUCAGCCAAAGGUGUCUGGAGUUCCCCGAGAAGGGAAUCAUGCGAUCCUGCUCUGCGCCAUGCAGGGAAGAACAUUCAAAGCCUCUGAAAACUACUCUUUUGACACGUAUCCUAACACCGACCGAAGAAGGGACAGUCUCUGGGCUGCUAGUAGGGGCCAAGUUCCUAGUGGGAGAGGCACACUUGACGGUCACGAAGGCAAUAAAAGAUCAAUUGGCUAUCAUCGCUACUGUUAGCAUGAAUCCCCUGAAUCCUCUGCGGGAUCGACUUCGCGAGAUCCUGCCAGAUGCCCGAGCCUUUGACUUCAAAGAACACAUCUGGCCUGAUGUUACAUCAGGGCGUUCUGUUCCGUUUGUCGAUGGAGGAAGUACUUCACUAGGCGAAGAGUCCCUGAAGGUCUUGGCGGGUAUCUCGACGAUGCUCGGGGAGGAGGAGAUGUUGAGGGAAUCGAAGGCAGCGCCGAUUGUUGCAAAGUUCAUGAUUGCGUCGGGUCUCCUGGGACAGUUUCAGUCAGUGGACUCGGUCGCCACGGGGAAGGAGAAGGGGGUAGGGGACGAGGAUCAUCAUGAUCCAACAAAAACCAAACCAAAUCAAGAGACUGUGAGUGCUGGAGAAACAGGACGCACAACACAGUGGCCGCGCGCCAGGUCCGCCGAGGUCACCUCACAUCAACGCACAUGGAGAUCAGCAUACGCUGCCGACGAAGACGACGAGGCAUGGCGUCGCGACCCGAACCUGUUCGUGUACGACCUGCCGGAGUGA